ACGUGGAUAGGAUAUGGGCGUGGAUGUAAUCAUCCAAACAUGGCGACUCCCGUUUCGGUGGUAGACGAUACAGAAGAUUACUCCUUUUUGCCGCUUAUACAUGAUAUUAUCAAAUGCAUGGACAAAGACAACCAGGAUGUACACCAGGAGUUAAACAAGUUGAGGCAGCGGAUCCAGGACACGCGAGAACAGAUCUUGGCCAUGCCCGGUAUCGACCUGAGUUCUGAGGUGCAGCAGAACAAACUCCGCACCCUGAGAGAGCAAGUCCGCACCAAGAAUCAGCUGUUACAGAAGUACAAGGGCUUGUGCAUGUUCGACAUCCCUAAACCCUCCUGAUGUCUAUUAGCACAGUAUUAACGAACUUUUGGACUAUUGUUUGAACACAAAUAACGCUAUUAAAGGAGACGUGGUGUGGAUUCUGCUCUCAACUGCCGGCCCAUUGAGGACACUUUCUCUUCACUCACUUGCACACAAAUCAAUAUAUCCAUGUUUACUCUUGCUUUUAUUUUGCAUAUAUAAUAAACUACGGCUGUUUCAUAUCA